AUGAUAGGUUUUCUUCGGUCAAUAUUUUCAUUCAAGUUUUUCUUUCGUUUUUCUUUUUCUUUAAUUUCCUUGUCCGUUCAUCUAUUUUUGUCCAUUAUUGUUUAUUUUUUAUUCUUUCUUUUUUCUUCAUUUCUUUUUCUUUCUUUUUACUUUCUUUUUCAUUUUCUUUUUUCUUUAUUCCUUUCUUUCUCUUUAUUUCUUUUUACUUUGUUCUUUACUUCUUUUUCAUUUUUUUAUUUCCUUCUUUUUCUUUUGUUUCUUUUUUCUAUAUUUCUUUUUUCUUUCUUUUCUCUUUUCUUUUUCUUUCUUUCUUCUUUAUUUCUUUUUCUUUCUUACUUAUGUCUUUUUCUUUUCUUUAUUUCUUUCUUUUUUCUUUCUUCUUUUUUCUUCUUUUUUCUUUUUUCUUUUUUCUUUCUUCUUUUUUCUUUCUUCUUUUUUCUUUUUUCUUUUUCUUUCUUCUUUUUUCUUUCUUUCUUUUUUCUUUCUUUUUUCUUACUUUCUUCUUCUUUCUUCUUUUUUCUUUUUUUCUUUCUUUUUUCUUUCUUUCUUUUUUUCUUUCUUUCUUUUUUCUUUCUUUCUUUUUUCUUUCUUUCUUUUCUUUUUUCUUUCUUUUUUCUUUCUUAA